GACGUGACACCGGAAGCGGAUGUGCAGCACGGAAUAGUUUGAGAAACGCACAGGACGCCAUAUAAAGGACAGCAAACGUUACGUUUUCACGGAAGAAAGUCUGUUGUUGUUUAAAGUCCAACUCACUCUGAUCUGAAGUUACUUUUUAAGCUUUAUAAAAUGCCCCGCGACCUGGCGCACGCGGCGGGCUGAGUUUUUAAUGUGACUGAGGGAAAAAAUGGAGGCGAGGUUCGGCGGCGAAGUGGCGGCGAUCGUGGAAGUCGCGAUCCAGGCAACCGUCUCUGUUUUCAGAGAUGUCUGGGCGAAAGAGGCGCCAAACGCCACAUGGGGAGAGGCGAAGCUCGGCGAACUCCAGGACAUCGAGAAGUGUCUGGUGGUCCAGAUCCACAAGGUGUUCACGGAGUUCUCCUCGGAGCUGCUGGAGGAGAACGAGGCUCUGCGGGCCAAGGUGGAGCAGCUGGAGGAUGUGCUGCACCGGAAAGCCGGGCAGCUGGAGCAGGAGCUGGAGGCCAGAGUGGUCCAGCUGGGCAGAGAGAUGGAGCAGCUGGAGGAAGAGCUGAAGAGCAUCAGCGAAGGUAGCGACAGGACACGAGGAGGCCCGACCCACGUCCUGCUGCAGGACGGCUCACUGAUAGGAGCACCGGUUGUGUCGGUGUCCGCCAGUCCUGCUGCCCCUCUGGUCGCUGCGAAGGAAUCCAGCUCGGACCCUCUUCUGGUCUCAUCGGGAGGCGCCGAAGCAGUUCCCAGCGCCGCAGCUGGAUCUGUGGCGGUCCCUGAGUCUGCGAUAGCCCCGGUGAUGUUCGUCGGCAGAGGCCGCUCUGCUCCCGCGGUGCUGUUGCUGAGCGCCAGCCAAGUCGUCUACCAGCGUCCUGCGCCAUCGACGGCCGUCUCCGAGACGACGGGAUCCACGCGGCUCGUUCUCAAACCGGCAGCCUCGCCGGAGUCUACGCCGCAAGGCGUCCCCAGUCCAGACUCCAGCUCCGCCAGCGAUGACGACUCGGCACAGGAAAAGACAUCUGCGGGAGAAGCCGCUUCAGGGAGACCGAAGAGGAUCAGGAAGCCAACUUCUAAAGCCGAAGAAGUUUUCAUUGACAACAGCACCAAAAAGAAACGCAUCAAGAAAGGGAGAGGGCGGGGGAAAAGAAAAGAGUUACAGACAGCGAGGCGGUUCUCCUGCGAGCGUUGUAACCUUGGCUUUUACUGGAAAGGUGACUUUACGAAACACAUGAAGCUCCACAAGGAGCCUUUUCCUUGCGAGAAGUGCGGCAGAAGUUUCCGUGAAAAGAAGUCUUUGGAAAAUCACCUUUUGCGCCACGAGCAAAGGCAAGCCCCCAUGCCCUUCUCCUGUCCCAAGUGUAACCGAUCGUACCGAAGAGAGCAGUCGUUUCAGAAUCACCUCAAGCGUCACCAGCUGGUGGAGCUACCGAAGCCGUUCGCCUGCGAUCAGUGUGGGAAAACCUUCCGAGUCCAGCAGUCCCUUGAAAACCACAUCGUGCGCCACCAGAAAUCGAAGCAACUGCUGAAGUGCCAGCUUUGCGAGAAGACUUGCAAGACGGCGGUCCAGCUCAAAUGCCACAUGAGCGUACACUCGGAAGACCGGCCGUUCAGCUGCGCGACGUGCGGGAAGGAGUUCAAGAGUAAAGACACCCUCCGCUUCCACCGGAUCGUUCACUCCGACCAAAAAAAAUACAAAUGCACAAUGUGCGACGAGACGUUCAAAUACGCCCACUCCCUGACCGUGCACAAGAGGAAACACACAGGCAUCACUCCGUUCGUCUGCACCGUGUGCAACAAGCCGUACAGGACCGGCACUGCUCUGAAAAGACACAGCAUAGUCCACACCGGGGAGAAGCCGUUCACCUGUCACAUAUGCGGCGCCAGGUUCAGCCUGAAUAACAAUCUCAAGAGGCACCUUCGCAUCCACACGGGAGAGAAGCCGUUCACGUGCCAGGAGUGUGGCAAGAGCUUCUCGGAAAACAACAAGCUCAAGUCCCACAUGCUCAUCCACGGCGCCAGGAAACCCUUCAUGUGCGAUCUGUGCGGGAAGACCUUCCUCUUCAACUGCAGGCUGCGGAUACAUCAGAAGUACGUGCACGCUAACCGGAGCAAGGAGACGGACGGCACGCAAACCUCCUCCCAGCCUAGAAGGUGCAACGCGUCUUCGCUGGUUAAACCAUACAGCUGCAAAAUAUGCCUGAGAGGUUUCAGCGCCGCGUCGUCCCUCAAACUUCACGAAAGAGGCCACAGCGAGCAAAAGGAGUUCAACUGUGGCAUAUGUGGGAGGGCGUUCCAUAACAAGUACUCUUUCGGCUAUCACCAGAGAAGCCACGCGGGGGAGAAGCCCUAUAUUUGCGACGUGUGCGGGAAGAGGUUUUUCCUCGCCGGCAGCCUGAAGCAGCACAAGCGCAUUCACACCGGCGAAAAACCGUACAAGUGUGACCAGUGCGACAAGGCCUUCAGAACCGACGGAAACUUCUACAGACACUUGCGGAUCCACACGGGCGAGAAGCCGUUUGAAUGUGUGUACUGUCACCGGAAGUUCCACCAGUCGAACCAGCUCAAGUCCCACAUGCAGGUCCACACGGGGCAGAAGCUCUACUCGUGCCAGCAGUGUGGCCGCGGCUUCUCAGAUUCCAGGCAGCUCAGGAAGCACAGCUGUGACGGGCCAUAGGUGAUGGGAUGUCUGCCAGAACGGUAGAACAUGUAAUCUGAUGAAGUCCUAAAUAAAUAAAACAUGGCUUGUUGUA